AUGAAUUCAAGAUAUUUGUUUAUAGUUUAUGCAUUAUUUUUAUUUAUCAAUGUAACGACACAAUAUGACUCAGUCAUUUCUUUUAAGCCGUCAUCGCUUAGUAUUGCCGUUGGUGAAAAUAAAUCUGUAAAUAUUCGACUUCUUAAAACAGACGUUACUUUUCCCAUAUCCGUCGAAUUUCUAUACGAUGGUAAAACUAAUAAUACACAAUGCUAUAUUGAGUCAGUACCAAAUGUAACAUUUGUGAAUCAUUCAACUGCUGAUCUUAGUCAAGUUUUCUAUGUAUAUGGCCGUCGACAAGGUCAUCUAGUUAUAACAGCACGAUCAUCAGAAGUAAAUAUAUCAUCAGUUGCUGAUUUUCUACUUAUUGAUAUAGCACGCAGUAAUAUAUUAAAUAUAUUUAUACAAAUAGUCGGGUGGAUUUAUUUUGCUGCAUGGUCUAUAUCAUUUUAUCCUCAAAUAAUAUUAAAUUUUCAACGGCGAAGUGUGACUGGACUUAAUUUUGAUUUUCUAGCAUUGAAUAUUCUCGGUCAUUCAUGUUAUUCAGUAUUUAAUGUUGUUUUAUAUACAUCAUCAAAAGUUCAACAAGAAUACUAUGUUAAUCAUCCACAUGGUGUUUUACCUGUUUUGUUAAAUGAUGUAAUAUUUAGUUGUCAUGCUGUGUUUGCAUGUAUCGUAACGGUUAUUCAAUGUCUACUUUACGAACGUGGUAGUCAACGUGUGUCACAUACUGCUCGUGUGCUAGGUGGUAUCGGCCUUGUAUUUUUAUUUAUAUCAUCGAUUGUUUCAGCAACGCAUCAUUUAUCAACAUUGUCAUUAUUAUAUUUCUUUUCCUAUGUUAAAUUAGCCAUAACAAUAAUAAAAUAUUGUCCACAAGCAUGGAUGAAUUAUAAGAGAAAAUCAACUGACGGUUGGUCAAUCGGAAAUAUUCUUUUAGAUUUUACUGGUGGUGCAUUAAGUUUAGUGCAAAUGUUUUUACUUUCAACAAAUUAUAAUGAUUGGUCGUCAAUAUUUGGGUCGCCAACCAAAUUGGGUUUAGGUUUAUUUUCAAUUUUAUUUGAUCUUGUGUUUAUUAUUCAACAUUAUAUACUUUAUCGUACACGCGAUCAUGACGGUAAACAAAUUAAUAUAACAAAUGAUGAUUUCAAUGAAAAUGCCCCCAUCUUACCCAGAAAAGUUUGA